AUGGCAACCCAUAGCAAUCAGAUUCCUAAGGAUCUUGUAUGGGAAAUUCUAGCAAAAUUAUCUGUUAAAUCUUUGAAGCGAUUUAGUUGUGUGCAUAAGUCUUGGCUAAAUUUACUUGAGAAUUCUGAUUUCAAGAGCAUAUACUAUGAGAAUUUAAAAUCUAAAACUGCUUAUUCCUCGUCUCUCCUUCUAUGGAGAUAUUUUCAUGACGAAAGAAGUGAUCCACACAUCUAUGAAAUUGAAGUGCAUUUGCUUUCUGGAGAAAGGUAUGAAAACAUGGUUACGUUAGUUUUGCCAAGUCUGUUUGAAGAAAUUGGUUUUGAUAGAAUUAUAGACUGUGUUAAUGGUAUCAUAUGUCACUAUAAAGAAGCUGGUCUUAAUGUAAAAAUAGGACUUUGGAAUCCUAAAACCGACGAGCAUAAAAUUAUUCCUCCAAGUAUUAUUACUAAUGAUCCCGACUUUGAUGCACAGGUAGAAAUUCAUGGAUUUGGUUAUGAUAAUGUAAAUGAUGACUAUAAAGUGAUUCAACAUAUAUGUUAUUAUCAUAAUGAAUUUUACCAAUAUGAGCCUGCUCUAGCAAAUUGGCAAAUUUAUAGUCUAAAAAGUAAUUGUUGGAAGAAACUUAAUCUUGAAAUGACUGAAAAAGGAGGUUUUGGUGAAGGUUAUGUAACGUACUUAAAUGGAGUAUGCCACUGGCGGGGUGGAGAUAAGAAUGGAAAAGAGGUACUUGUGUCAUUUAAUCUCAGCACUGAAACGUUUCAAACCACAUUGAUUGGUUGGCAACAAAGUGAUGAUAUUGAUUGCCUUACCAGAACUUUGGUAGUGCUCAACGACUCUGUUGCUCUGAUCUCCUCUUUUGAUGAGAAUAGUCAUAUUGAAAUAUCCAUUUUAGGUGAAGUUGGUGUAAAAGAAUCUUGGGUGAAGCUUUUCACAAUUGGACCCUUUCCAUAUAUUUGGCAUCCAAUGAUAAUGGGCAACAAAUGUGAUAUAAUAUUUUUUAUGGGAAAUGAAAACCAUGAAUUGGCUUCCUUUGAUGUUAUUAGUGGCAAAGUAAUUCACAAUAUUAGUAUUAAAAUAGAUCUAUUUGGUACAGCAACUAAACAAACACUUUCGUUGUGCAUGUACAUGUAA